AUGUGCUGCCGACAUCCUAGGUCGGUUGGCGGUACAUCCGCCGCACCCGAAACGCCCCAAUCCUCGGCUCCAGCAACGCCCCUACCGGCUCCAGCACCCACAGUGCCAACUCCGGCACCACCCACACCGGCUUCCACAACAGAAGCUCCCGCACCGUCAACGCCGGCUUCCACAACAGGAGCACCGUCAACACCGGCUUCCACGACGGGUGCACCGUCAACACCGGCUUCCACGACAGGAUCAUCAGAUCAGACUCAGUUCUUGGCAAAUUUGCUCGUGCAGCUGCAAGCAGCAGGCGCUGGGCCAGAACAGUUGCAGCCAAUUGUGGAUGCCAUCGCCAAGCAAUUUGUGCAGCAGCAGCAGCAGUCCCAAGCAGUGCCCGAUCCCCAGCAGGCUGUGGACGAGAUUUGCAUCGAGUUGGGGGCAUCACCGGACUACACAACCCAAGUUGCUCAAAUCCUGGAACAGGGCCAUGACCCCAACAGUGCGUCGGGCAGCCGAUCGUUGCAGCCUCCUCCUCCUCCGUCUGGAUCCAAUCCUGGUGGUGGAAACUCCGGCCAAGAAGUACCAGAGCCGAAGCAAAAGAAAGCUCGAGCCCCCAAAAAGCAGGGGUCGGAAAUGGAGACUGACAUUACGACGAUGGCCGCUGCCGCAGACUUUAAGUUGGACGACUUUGUGACCACUUGGGUUGGUGCUUGUACGACGGCAGAAGGCAAAGCAAUGGUUACGACAAUCGAGUUACUGGGGCACUCGAUAAUCAUGUCUGUCGGUGUUUUGUUCAUGUUCGUGAAGCCACAGCAGUAUUCUAAUGCACAUGAUCCAAGGCUGGAGCCCCUGCAGUCCCAGUCCGAGCUGAUUAAGAUGAUCAACGCAAGCAGCAUGGGUAUGGCUGAGAUACGUAAGGAACUCCAGGCAAAGCAGAAGACCCUUACGAUCGAAGCCCUGCAGACGAUUCUUCGGAAGGCUAUGCAUUACAAGGGAGUGUGGGUUUGUAUUGGGAUCAGCUUUGGCUUCACGUCGUUGGGGAAGGGAAUGGAGUUUCGGGGCCGCUGGGGAAUCAAUGGUCAAAGUCCUACAGCUUCUGCCUCUCAACAGGUGAAUGAAGACUCCAUGGACCUCGUGGAGUUCUGGAACAAAGCUCGCUUCGAGGACUGGGGGGCAACUGCUUUUCCAAUAUCAAUACACGGGGACGAGGGACAAAGCAAACGAUCCAGGAAUAUGCUUAUCAUUUCUUGGUCGCCGCUGACAAGCUCCAAAGAAUCGAUGUAUGGCAAAUACCCCUUUUGUGUGAUAAGAAGUGAUUAUUUCCACUACUUGGGGGACGAGAACGUGACUCUGUCGCACUUGCAGGAAGACUUGGUCAAGUCUUUGAACCUUUGUGCAGACCGCACUAAUGGCCUUAAUGCAACACUUCAUGUUUGCGCAGGGAAAGGCGACUGGAAGUGGCGUCACGAAUGGUUGCAACAAUCCCGCUUUUAUGGGCGCGUCACGCAUGGAAGCAAUGGAAUUUGCCAACGGUGCUUUGCUGCCAAAAACGAUUGGCUUGACGUGCACGAGCGAUUCAACAAUGCUGAAGAUGUACUUCGGGCCCAAGCAACAGCUGUUGGCGAAGGCAUUGCUAUGAAGCAGCUAAGCGGCUGGACGCCCAAUAUGGAAUUGCCGGACCUUUUGCAUUGCAUUUGGCUUGGCACGGGCAGGGACCUUGUCGGGAGCUUGUGCAUGGAGAUGGCCGAGACAAGGCAAGAUCUGGUCGGAUCAACAUACGACGAACGCCUGGAUUGUUUGAGGAGGGACAUACAAGCUUGGUGUGCAUCCCACGGCAUCCGGCCGUCGACGAUCGACGAACUGAGCCUGGCAAAGCUCGGCGUGGAAACGCUGAGCCUGGACUUUCCACAGGGCCCCUCCAAGGGGUACGCCAACAAAGUGCUGCAACUUCGUCUAAUUUAUUUCAACGGACACAUCGGAACCAUCGAUGCAGAUGCAGUCUGUUUGCUGCUGGGCUUUGCAUACGGACAGGCGUGCAGGGAGCAGACUGAGCAGUUCGCUCAGCUGGCGGCCGCUCACCAAAGCUGGUGGCACAAUGCUCUCACCACGGACUAUGCCAAUAUCGGCGUGUUGGUCUCGUUCGUGGGUGGCCUUGAUCAUGGCAACUUCCACGUGCAGUGCGAGAGCAAGCUCUACGUGAUGCAGGGGGCCGUGGUCUCAAGGGCGGCGCUCGCCGAGAUGACCCACACCCAGGAGUCGGCUUCUCCGCUGCCGUUCGGCCCACCCGCUCUUGCUCAAGGGGCUUGGCGGCAGGCGGCAGUCAGCUCUGACACCGCUGUGCCGGAGACUUCUCAGAUUGCCGUUCGCAAUCGCAAUCGGGCGGAGAUGGAGUCACGGGCGCUCGCCCCCGAAGAUCGUCCACCUGUUCAGCCUGUGGACUACGAUCAGAACGAGGAGGAGGGCACCCGUGGGCACAUGAUCGAUGCUGCCAACGAACAAUGCUCGGCAGGAUCGUUCCUUUGCCCGCUCGACGGCAAAGCUCACACCGGCACAGUUCGCCGAGCUGGCCGACACGUACCACAACCCGGCUGGUCACGCUACCUCUUCGGCAGCUCAGUCCUCCACGGUUGGUCGGGGCACGGCAACGACGAUGCUCAUGAUGCCGAUCUUGAUUUUCUUCUUUCGCUAGUUUUGGCUCGGCAGGAUGUUGCGGGAAGCAGCGCCAGCCGAUCGCUGGCGAUCGUGGCGACCCGGCUUGCGGAGAUCCCUUUUGUCCUUUCGAUGGACGCCGGGACGCCCGAGCAGUUCGCCGCAGUGUCUCUCAACUGGACGGCCAGCUCGGCCAAGUCGGAGCACGACCUCCUGGCUCCGAGGACCCAAAUGCUCGAGCAGUAUUGGGUCUUCGUAAAGGCGGCGGAAUCGCUCUUUGUCGAGCUGCCGGCAAGCUCUUCUUCUCCCUCGGCGACUCCACUGCUCGACUUGGAGAACGCCGAGAAACAGAAAUGGGCUAAGCGCCUGAAGGCGAUCGCCGAUCGGGCCGGCGAACAUGCUCGGCCCGAAGGGGUCCACGAUGCUGAAGGGAUCCUUUCGGAAGAGGAACGCGCUCGCCUUCGGCUGUUGGUUUUCACCUCGGGGGCGCCUUCUACCAUGGCAAACCACAUUCGUAGGUUCGAGAAGUUCGAGUUGUGGGCUCGGCACCUCGACACAAAGGAUCGCUGGCGCCAGACUCCCCCUGAUUACGCUCGCUCUCUCCAGUGGCUCCACCACCUGGUCUGGCUCGCAGGGCAGGAGUGUGGAGUCGCGAGGGAGUUCCUGGACAAAGUCACCGAUCUUACGUGGCAUUCAGCUCGAGUUACUAUGCUUGAUCUAGCUGUCCAUUGUGAACGAUCGGAGCAAGAGAUCGGGGUUCAGGCGAACUGGAAGAAUCCAGGCCCGCUCGUUCUGAAGUACACACGCUCGAGGUCCUCUCUUCCAGUCUCGCGUGAGUUCGUGCCCCUCUGUGCUCAAGAAGAUGACACGACCGAGGACGCAGAGGACAGGGAUCUUUCAUUGACUGAGUUCUUUGUCAAGGUCCCAGUCAAAGGCUCUAGUUAUGACUAUCGUUUUCAUGUGUGUUCUGCAGAUUCUGUGGAAGAGAUCGCAUGCAAACGCGCGAUCACGCCCGAAUUUACACACAUCGGGUCCGUUCUGCCCGGCCCUAAGCUCUUUUGCAAACUGUGCGCUAAGGCUCGGCCGGACGUGGCUAUCGCCUUUAAGGUCUAA